CCGGGGCUGCGCGUAACCGCAGUUUCCGGGACGGUCGGUGGCGGCGGCGAAGGCGAGGGUGACAACGACUCCGUCGUUGGUGGACGUCGAGCAGCCAGACCAGUCGCGCGGAGAAGUGUUCUUCAGCAUGGGACGGGGCGCGGCCCCCGCCCGCACCAGCUCGUCAAGCUGGACGGCACCAGGACUAUUUCUACUCAUCGCGACGUUUCUGCUGUGUGAAUCAAGAAUCGAGGCGCAUGUCUGUCCUAGUUACUGCGUCUGCAGUGUUGCUAUGGAUUCAUUUCACCACGUCGUCUGCGAGAGAGCGUCGCUGGACUCCAUUCCAAGACAAGUACCAUCUAAGCCUAACACCACAUUUUUGAAUAUGGCUUGGAAUCACAUCACAAUCAUACGGGAAAGAGAUUUGGAUGAUUUCAAGGAAUUGCAAGGGCUCGUUAUGGAUCAUAACAAGCUCAACAACAUUGACAAGGAAAAACCCGCACCUCCAAUUCCUGGAUCUGAGCUUCAACAAGAUAAUCCUCCUUUCCGAAGCAGCCGUUCCUCAAAAUCCCGCUCGCUGGUGUUCCUGAACCUGACGGCCACGGACCUGAGCGUGCUUCCGCGAAAGAGCGCGUUCGCCGAACACGCCCAACAUCGGGCCCCUGGAGCUGAGCAACAAACCUCUGGCGCAACUGAUGCGCACUGGGGUGGGCUGGGUGCAGGGCAGGGCGCCGGCCGCGGCGCGCCGCCCCACGCCACGUGCGACCAGCCGGCCGCGCUGCACGGCCGGCCGUGGCGGAGCUGCGGCGGCUGGAGUGGGGGCGGCGCAGGGGUGGGCGCCGCCGCCCACGCCUCACGUGCCUGUACCCCAUCCCGCGGGCUGCUGGUGGUGAUCGCGGGCCGCUGGGUGGCCGGCGGCGGUGUGGGCCUUGCGGCGGCGCUGGCGGCGCCAGGGCGUGCCCCACGGCUGCGUGGGCGGCGGCGCAAGCACCGGCUGGCGCCGCCCGUGGGCGAGUACAUCGACGGGCUGGGCGACCCGCCGCCGGCCAAGAGCCCAUCUACGACCGCGCUGCGCGACCCGCCGCCCAAGGACGUCGCCAAGGAGCAGAGGAGGACGCCGACUCGCAGCGCUACGUCACCGACCUCGCGCGCAACACGUACCUGGCGCCGAUCAAGCUCAGCGAACGACGGGCCCAUCUACGUCAACAUGAAGGGACCCCGCGGCCUCUCCUGCGCGGCCGUCGCGACGGCCCCGCGCGCCCCCGCCCGCCGCCCCGCCCCCCGACGCCGCCAGACCGGCGCAGAACCGCCCCUGCUCCAUCCCGCUGCUCGAGGGGUGCGAUUUCUACGAAGUGGUGGAUUGAGCGCAGGUCGUGGGAGUGGAGUGGAGACGCGACUCCGUGUCAAACAUGUGGCGAAAGCCUCGGACGAAGACAGUGCGCUCAAAAUCCUACUAUUGAUUGGUCUGUGA